AUGCAGACUGCUUCUAAAAACAUUUGUGAAAGAAUGGAUCACUCUCAGGAGCUUAGUGAAAUCAAGAGUGGUACCGUAGGUUGCCACCUGUGCAAUAGGUCCAUCCGUGAUAUUUCCUUGCUACUAAAUAUUCCAUGGUCAACUGUUAGUGGUAUUAUAAUAAAGUGGAAGCAACUGGGAACAACAGCAAUUCAGGCACAAAGUGAGCUGCGUAAGCGCAUGCUGAAGCUCACAGUAUGCAGGAGUUGCCAAUGGUCUGCAGAGUCAAUAGCUAAAGACCUCCAAACUUCAUGUGACCUUCAUAUUAGCACAACAACAGUGCGUAGAGAGUUUCAUGGAAUGGGUUUCCAUGGC